AUUUCGAAUAAGUAAUCGUACGUGGUUGUCAUUUUGUUUUGUUCGCCUAAAGCAACCUUUCUUAAAAUGCUAGCUAUUCAUUCAUUUCUAUGUCAUUGCAUCAAUGGAAAACUGAAUGUUGAAAACAAUGAUCACACUUAGUUACUUUCCUUACUCUCCUUUCUCUGCAAUGGCCACCAAUUCUCGUUUGGGUUUCAUGCUUUUAGUAUGGGUUUUAUACAUAACCCUUCUAUAUCCUGGAGAAGCUGCUGCAGCAACAAUAACAGACCUACAAGAGGUUAAAGCACUGAAAGCUAUAAGAGAAAAAAUGAGGAACGGAAAAUGGGACUUCAGUGAGGAUCCUUGCAGUGGAAAAGGAAGCUGGAAUGUUAGCCAGGAUUUGGAGACCCAAAAUAAGUUGGUCUGUGAGAUGCAUAGGACAGAGGGGAGAUCCUUUUUCCACGUUACCCGAAUGUAUCUGAAAAGCCAGAACCUGACUGGAGUUGUCCCAGCGGAGCUAGCCAAUCUCACAUACCUUGAGGAAAUGUGUGCAACAAAUAUCCUUUGCAACUUCCUAGGCUUCACCAAACAUCCUCUGCAAGUCCCUGACUUUUUCAAAACCCUCGAGGUCACUUGGCAUGAAUCAUCAGGUUAUAUUCCAAAAGAACUUGGAAACCUCACAAAUUUAAAGAAAAUGGAUUUAUUUUCAAAUGAGUUAUAUGGACUACUACCACAAUCAUUUGUAAAUUUGACCCAACUUAAAAUGUUGUAUAUUGAAAGUAAUCAGUUACGUGGGGAGAUACCUCAAAUAUAUGGACAUUUUCAAGGAUUGGAACAUUUCGUAGCAAGUAGUAACAGUUUUAGUGGUAAAAUACCAAAUUUUAUUGGAAACUGGAGAAACCUUACAGUUUUGCAACUUGAAGCUACUUCUUUAGAAGGUCCAAUUCCUUCAACCUUUUCAAAUUUGAUUCAACUAGAAGACUUCACGAGGAUAUCGUAUUUGAUUGGAGAUGGAUCAAAUUUGUCAUUUAUGCAAAAUUUAACAAAAUUAAGAACAAUCGUGCUAAGAAAUGCAUCAAUUAAUGGAGAAAUUCCCAAGUAUCUUGGAGAUUCUAUCAAACCAAAGAUAUUGGAUUUGAGAUUCAAUAAUUUGACUGGAUCGAUUCCAAAGACAUUAAAAAAUAUGGUGAAUAAGCGUCCAAAGAUAGAAUAUUUGUAUCUUGGAAACAACAAUUUAGCUGGGAAAUUGCAAGAAUGGUUAAACACAAUUAAUUACGUCACAACUAAGGAGAUUUGGGAUAAGUUAAAAGGAAUUUAUGAAGGCAAUGACAAGGUAAAGCAAGCAAAGUUGCAAACCUAUAAAGCUAGAUUUGAAGAAUUGAAAAUGAAAGAGGAAGAGCAUAUUGCAGAUUAUCUUCUCAUAGUCGACGAGAUAGUCAAUGCAAUCAUAGUCAAUGCAAUCAAGGGUUUAGGUGAGAAAGUGCCUGAAGCAAUAGUUGUUCAAAAGGUAUUCCGAUCUUUACCCUCUAGAUAUAAUGCAAAAAUUUCCACUAUAGAGGAGGCAAGGGAUCUUACUAAAGCCAAAUUAGAUGAUAUUCAUGGAAUACUAACAGCCUAUGAAGGCAGGUGUUGAAGAUGCUAGAAAAGAAGUUGCUUUUAAAACUGGCAAAAAGGUAAAGGAUGAAAGCACAAGUUGGCUAACUUAGUUAGAAAAUUCAAAAGGGCUGGUAAACUUAAAGGAAAAACUUCCCUUAAAUUUUUUAAUCGUGGGAAAAGUGGACAUUUUGCAGCCAGGUGUACAUAUGCUAAUAGUGAUGAAGAUGAAGGCUUUAAGAAGAAAAAUAAGGAACAAUUUUCUUACAAACAACAUUCAUUUUUUAAGAAAAAUUUUUUUUUAUGUGUUAAAGAAGAAAAUUCUGAUUCUCAUACUCGCAAGGUUUCUGAUUCUAAUGAUUGUGCAACUCUGUUUAUGGCCUUAGGAUCUUCUCCUUCAAAUCAAAUUGAUGAUAAAUUGUGUAGUGAUGCAGUUGAAAGAUAUAGAAGCCAAAAAUUUGAUAAUCACAAACCUUGAGUUGAACUUGAGGAAGAUUCUGAAAACAAAAAGGAGAUGAAAGUUUGGAGAAAGGAGGAGUUGAAACAACCCUACAUGCAACAAAAGAGAAUCUUUGGAUAGUAGACAUUGGUUGUUCCAACCACAUGACAGGUGACAGAAGCAAGUUUUCCAAAUUUACAGAUUGGAAUGGUGGUUCAGUAAGGUUCGGUGACAAAUCUUCAGUACAAAUCCGUGGUAAGGGUUCAUUGAGUAUUAAUGGCAUUUUGGAAGUAAAUAAUGUAUGGUAUGUUGAUGGGUUAAAAUAUAAUCUUCUUAGUGUUAGCCAAUUAUGUGACAAUGGGUACUUUGUGAAUUUUAAUGCUCAUGGAUGUGAAAUAAGAAAGUCUAAAUCAGGAAAAUUGAUUGUUGAAGGUAAUCGAAUUGACAGUAAUGUUUUUGACUUUAAAGAAGCAAAAGGUAGAAAUUAAGAUUGUUAAACCUAAGAAUAUCAUUUGUAAAGAUUGUCAACAAGGUAAACAAACUAGAAUCAAUUUAAGCCUAAAGAACAUUCAAGUUUGCUACCUUUCGAAUUAAUUCAUACUGAUCUUUGUGGUCCAACAAGGACUAAAAGCUUGAAAAAUGAAAGGUACUUUAUGUUAUUUGUAGAUGAUUUUUCUCAUAUGACAUGGGUGACAUUCUUAAAGGAAAAAUCAAAAGCUUUUGAUAGGUUUAAGAUUUUCAGGGCAAUGGUAGAAAAAGAAAGUGAUUUCCAAAUUAAAUGUCUUAGAUCAGAUAAGGGUGGAGAAUUUCUUUCUAAUGAUUUUGUGGCUUAUUAUGAAGAGCAUGGCAUAAAAAGACAAUUUUCUGCAGCCAGGGCCACAACAGAAUGGUGUGGUGGAAAGACGAAAUAUGACUGUUAAAGAAAUGGCCCGAACUUUGCUUAAUGAGAUAAAGAUUUCAGACAAGUUUUGGGUGGAAGCAGUACAUACAGCAGUUUAUACUCUCAACAGAGUUUAGUUGGGCCACAUAGCAAGAAGACUCCAUAUGAGUUAUGUUAUGGAAAGUAAGGGUUUUUCAGAGUCUGAAGAUCGAGAAAACAUUCAUAAGGGCAACGGGGCAGCCAAUAACCAGUCAAAGCAACCCAAGGCAAUGACUGGUUAUCCUCACACUCACUAUUUGAUUCUAUCCUUUUCUGUUUUGGAUAUGUAGGAAAGAUAGAAAUGCUAAGCUCACGGCUUGUGUGAGGUUUUAAGAAACUCAGUGUAUAUAAAUAUGCUUCAGAUGCAUGAACUCAAUUUGUAAUCUAUCAUUGUUCAAUACAAAUGAAAAAUACGCCUUUUUUUCUUUUUAAACACU